ACUGAAAUCCCCUCUCUUUCUCUCUGUUUACAACGAAUAUAUUUUAGUUUAGUUUGAUUCCCCCAGUAUCGUCGAUUCGUCCUCGUGAAUUCAACUUUUCAGAGAGGGCUGUAGGGAAGAAGAUGGACUCGCCCUCGACGACGCGGAGCGCGGCGCGAUCGUCGAUGAUUGAGUCGAUCCGGGCGUGCGGCCUUACGGGAAUGCGAAUUGAUAAGGAGGAACUCAGGCGCAAGAUAACCAUGCCGCUCUAUCUUCGCUCCGCCAUUCGCGAUGCUAUUCGUCUAAAAGACGCAGUCGCCGCCGCUGAGACUCACUAUAAAGGCGCAGAUGGAGGCGCUGGAUUGAUCCAGGACUACAGUGCCCCCGAGGGUCCUAUGGUUGUUUUCAUUAAUUCCCGUAGUGGUGGCCGCCACGGACCAGUCCUCAAGGAGCGUCUGCAGCAAUUAAUGGGAGAAGAACAGGUUUUUGACCUACAAGAUGUGAAGCCUCAUGAAUUCGUGCAGUAUGGACUGCCCUGCCUUGAUAAGUUGGCCAGUCUGGGCGACCAUUGUGCCAAAGAAACUCGUGAGAAGUUGGGGGUUGUGGUUGCAGGAGGUGAUGGUACAGUUGGAUGGAUUCUUGGAUGCCUAGGAACACUCAACAAGCAGGGUCGAGAGCCUGUCCCUCCAGUAGCAAUUAUUCCACUUGGUACAGGAAACGACCUCGCUCGGAGUUUUGGCUGGGGUGGUUCAUUUCCUUUUGCCUGGAAAUCAGCUGUCAAAAGGACUCUUCACAGGGCUAUCACAGGUCCAGUUGCUCGUCUAGAUAGCUGGCAUGUUCAGAUCUCAAUGCCAUCUGGAGAAGCUGUUGACCUACCACAUUCUUUGAAAGCUACGGAAGAGUGUUCACUUGAUCAGGGUCUAGAAAUUGAGGGGGCAUUGCCUGAUAAAACAAAUUGCUAUGAUGGAGUAUUUUACAAUUACUUUAGCAUAGGGAUGGACGCUCAAGUUGCAUAUGGCUUCCACCAUUUACGUAAUGAAAAACCUUACCUUGCACAAGGCCCAAUAUCAAAUAAGAUAAUCUACUCUGGUUACAGUUGCACUCAGGGUUGGUUCCUCACACCUUGCAUAAGUGAUCCGAGCUUAAGGGGACUCAAGAACAUCCUGAGGCUGCAUGUCAAAAAGGUUAAUUGCUCGGAAUGGGAGCAGGUCCCAGUCCCUAAAAGUGUGAGGGCGAUUGUUGCUUUGAAUCUCCACAAUUAUGGAAGUGGGAGAAACCCAUGGGGGAGUCCGAAGCCACGUUAUUUGGAAAAGAGAGGCUUUGUUGAGGCCCAUGCUGCCGAUGGUCUUUUAGAAAUCUUUGGCUUAAAGCAGGGUUGGCAUGCAUCAUUUGUUAUGGUUGAGCUCAUAUCUGCCAAGCACAUUGCUCAGGCCGCCGCAAUUCGAUUGGAAGUUAGGGGUGGGGAGUGGAAAGAUGCCUAUAUGCAGAUGGACGGAGAACCAUGGAAGCAGCCCAUGAACAAGGACUACUCAACAUUUGUAGAAAUUAGGAGAGUACCUUUUCACUCCCUUAUGAUAAAUGGAGAAUAGUUCUUCUUCUUUCCUUGAGCUCUUGCCCAUGGAACCAUGGGUGGUUGAUUUUUAAGGGCUGAUGUCCAUGUGUUAUGCUUGUUUACUAGGUAAUGCAGAUUUGUUGUAUCAAAUUCUUGGUUGGUCAAUAUUUAAUCUGUUUUUCUAUUGUGGUUCUUAAGAGGACUUGCUAAUAGUAAUUACGUUUAACUAGUGAAGGAGAGUUUGUGCAAUACUUA